AUGAUAAAAGAUUCUGUUCAUUACUGUAAGGGCAACCUGCUGCCCUGCAGGUGGCGCUCCACCAGGCUGCAUGUGCUCCUAUUUGGUAUUUGUUGCACUUCUUUGCAUUUCCCAGGUCCUCCCACUCCUGCCAGUAAUCCCAGUCCUCCCAGUACUCCCAGACCUCCCAGUCCUCCCAGUACUCCCAGUCCUCCCAGACCUCCCAGUCCUCCCAGUACUCCCAGUCCUCCCAGACCUCCCAGUCCUCCCAGUACUCCCAGUCCUCCCAGACCUCCCAGUCCUCCCAGACCUCCCAGUCCUCCCAGUCCUCCCGGUCCCAGCUGUCCAUCUGGUUGGAUUAAAUAUGAAAAUCGCUGUUUCUUCUUCAACGGUGCUACAGCAGACUGGGCUACUGCUGAGCGUGCCUGCAUUGGAUAUGGUGGAAAUCUGGCCUCCAUCCACAGCACCAAUGAGCACAGCUUCCUCAAGGAGCUGGUCAGAUUGAGGUUAGGAUCGUACCAGAGGACCUGGGUUGGAGGCCAUGAUGCCGUCAAGGAGAGUGUGUGGCUGUGGAGUGAUGGGUCGAGGUUCAGCUUCACCCAGUGGGGCACAGGAGAACCAAACAACCUUGGUGGAAAUGAACACUGCAUGGAGAUCAACCUUGUUGGAUCUUCUCUCUACUUGAACGAUGAACCAUGCACCAGAAGUAAUUACUUCAUCUGUGCCAAAAGACUCUAACUCCUCUUUCCUCUUCCUGAGAAAUCCAACAUGACCAUGUGACCUUCUCACUGGUGAUGUCACUUCCUCCAGCAUGUCAGGCCUCGAUGGCGUCGCUGCUGGAAGAUACAAGGAUAAAAUCUGAUUUCAAAUAAAUCUGUUGCAUCAAUAAA